AUAAAACUGGCUCAAUAUACGUCUGCUCCACUGAAAUCCGCUAUGGCAACAGGGUUAAGGCGAGAAAAAAAGGAACAAGAAUUUGACAACAUGGCGCACUUUCCUUGAGAAAAGUUUCUCUAGAACGCAAACAAACCACGUUUAAGGUUACAUUUUUACAGUUUCUCGACUAUUUGACUAAAACCGACAGACUUUGGAAAGAAUUGAAGACUUGUUGGUGGUAAAAAAAAUAACUUUGCAUUACAUUUAGUGGCGUUUAUCAUGGGAUGAGAAAAGCCCGUUGCAGAAGCCAAGUAACCUACAUACACACAGGAUGGAGAAGCAAGCAACUUUAAAGGAAAAGUUUUCAAUUUUCGGCUCCCGGACAGUGGGCAGAGCUGCGCAGCGUGAAGCUGAAGAGGAAGGGGGCCGAUGUGGCCUCAACAAGGCAGAGUUCAUGGAGAGAGUUCAGCAGAGCAAUGAGGCCUGCCAACGUGGUGACUUCCAGACUGCCGUGAGUCUCUAUGGCGACGCCCUGCGAGCCGACCCACAGAACUGCAUCCUCUACAGCAACCGCUCAGCAGCCCUUCUCAAAUUGGGACGCUACCAGGCUUCCCUGGACGACGCUGUCAAGGCCUGUCUACUCAACCCCAAGUGGCCCAAGGCAUACUUCCGACAGGGUGUUGCCCUUCAGUACCUUGGUCGCCAUGCCGACGCGCUGGCCGCCUUUGCCUCGGGGCUGGCCCAAGACCCCAAGAGCCUGCAGCUAUUGGUGGGCAUGGUGGAGGCUGCCAUGAAGUCCCCACUACGAGAGUCACUGGAACCCACCUACCAGCAGCUGCAGAAGAUGAAACUGGACAAGAGUCCGUUCGUGGUGGUGUCAGUGAUUGGUCAAGAGCUGCUGACAGCGGCCCACCAUACCGCCUCCGUGGUGGUACUGGAGUCCGCGUUAAAGAUCGGCACCUGCAGCCUCAAGCUGCGCGGCUCCGUCUUCUCAGCCCUCAGCAGUGCCCACUGGUCCCUGGGCAAUACCGAGAAGAGCACCGGAUACAUGCAGCAAGACCUGGAGGUCUCCAAAACACUAGGUGACCAAACAGGUGAAUGUCGUGCCCAUGGUAACCUGGGCUCAGCAUUCUUCUCCAAAGGGAACUACCGCGAGGCCCUGACUAACCAUCGCCACCAGCUGGUCCUGGCCAUGAAGCUCAAGGACAGGGAGGCAGCCUCUAUGGCCCUGAGCAGCCUGGGUCAUGUGUACACAGCCAUCGGGGACUACCCUAAUGCCCUGGCCAGCCACAAGCAGUGUGUCCUACUGGCCAAGCAGUCCAAGGACCAGCUGUCGGAGGCACGAGAGCUGGGCAACAUGGGCGCCGUCUACAUCGCCAUGGGCGACUUUGAAAACGCUGUCCAAUGCCACGAGCAGCACCUGGGCAUCGCCAAGGCCCUGACCAGCAAGAGGGAGGAGGCCCGUGCCUACAGCAACCUGGGCAGUGCCUAUCACUACCACCGUAACUUUGACAAGGCCAUGUCCUACCACACCCAUGUGCUGGAGCUGGCCCAGGAGCUGGAGGAGCAGCCUAUAGAGAUGAGGGCGUACGCUGGACUGGGGCACGCUGCUCGCUGCAUGCAGGACCUGGAGAGAGCCAAGCAGUACCACCAACAGCAGCUGGCCAUCGCUGAGGGCCUGAAGGACAGGGCUGCAGAGGGAAGAGCCUCCUCCAACCUGGCGAUGGACGGGGCCAAAAAAGAGGAAACUCACAUGCUCAUCAGAGUUGGAGGAGGCUCUUCCCUCUGCAGCCCUGUCCUUCAGGCCCUCAGCGAUGGCCAGCUGCUGUUGUGGUUACUGCUUGGCUCUCUCCAGGUCCUGCAUGCAGCGAGCAGCGUGCCCCAGUCCAGCAACAUGAGGGGACUGGAGCGGGUGGUUGGGGGUCAGGAAGAGCUCUGGGGCACGACGGCCUGCAGCUGCAACUGCAAACGGCGACUGGAAGUCAGAGAGGCGGCACUGGAACUCAUGCUGGGAGAGUUCCCAGCCGUGCCCUACUACGAGCAUACUCCGCUGCCUGAUCAGGAAUGGAGGCCCGCUUCAGAGCCCUGGGCAACUGGGGACAUCUUUGUCUGCAAGAAGGAUGUGACCGGAGCUAUCCAGUUCUAUGAGCAGCAGCUCGCUGGCUCACAGAUGAAGGAGCGCAGGAUGGAGGCGUGCGCUUACGCUUCCUGGGUGCCACUACAGACUGGUGCAGAAGUACGACAAGUCCCUGGCUACCACACCAGGAGCUGGAGGUGUACCAGGACGUGGGCGAUGUUCCGGGAGUCUCUGGGGCGCACGACCGCGCCUGCAGCACUACCAAACCACCUCAAUAUCGCCGCGAGCUGCGAGACGUCCAGUGAGGCUCGCUGCCUGGGCAACCUGGGGAACUUCACUGCUCCGGGGAGAGUUCCCAAAGCCGUGCCCUACUACGAGCAGUACCUCCGCUUGUUCCCUGACCUCCAGGACAUGGAGAGUGAGGGGAAAGUCUGCCACAACCUGGGCUACGCCCGACUACUGCCUGGGAAGCUACAGACGCUGUCAAGCCCGCUUCAGAGCCUGGGCAACCUGGGGGACAUCUUUGUUGCAAGAAGAUGGACCGGAGCUAUCCAACUGAAGGACCCGGGGGUAGAGGCCCAGGUCUACGGCAACAUGGGCAUCACCAAGAUGAACGUAGGGGUGAUGGAGGAGGCUAUAGGCUACCUGGAGCAGCAGUUGGCCACCCUGCAGCAGCUGAGUGGCAACGAGGCCGUACUGGACCGGGGCAGGGCCUAUGGUAACCUGGGAGACUGUUACGAAGCCUUAGGAGACUUUGAGGAGGCCAUUAAAUACUACGACCAGUACCUGUCUGUGGCCCAGAGCCUGAACCGCAUGCAGGACCAGGAGAAGGCUUACCGAGGUCUGGGCAAUGGACACAGGGCGAUGGGUAACCUGCAGCAGUCCCUGGUUUGCUUUGAGAAGCGGCUGGUGGUGGCCCAUGAGUUGGGGGAGUGUGGCGGGAAGGCCCAGGCCUACGGGGAGCUGGGGGCGCUCCACAGCCAGCUGGGGAACUAUGAACAGGCCAUCUCCUGUCUUGAGCGCCAGCUAGGCAUCGCCCGCGACACCCAGGACCGCCCACUAGAGGGCGACGCUAGUUGCGGCCUGGGCGUGGUGUACCAGUCCAUGGGGGAGUAUGAGACAGCCCUGCGCUGCCACCAGAGUGACCUGGAGAUCGCAGAGGAGACGGGCAGCCCCGCCCGACAGGGCCGUGCCUAUGGCAACCUGGGCCUCACCUAUGAGUCACUGGGCAACUAUGAGCGUGCGGUGGUGUUCCAGGAGCAGCAUCUGAGUGUUGCAGCUCAGACCAACGACCUGGCAGCCAAGACCCUGGCCUACGGUAGCCUGGGGAGGACACACCACGCACUGCAGAACUACUCACAGGCUGUCAUGUAUCUGCAAGAAGGCCUACGGCUGGCGGAGCAGCUGGCUCGGCGUGAGGAUGAGGCUAAGAUCCGCCAUCGUCUGGGGCUGUCUCUGUGGGCCAGUGGGAACCUGGAGGAGGCCCAGCACCAGCUCUACCGAGCGUCUGCACUGUUUGAGACCAUUCGUCACGAGGCCCAGCACAGCACCGACUACAAACUGUCUCUGUUUGACCUGCAGACUUCCUCCUAUCAGGCACUCCAGAGGGUCCUCGUCAGCCUAGGCCACCAUGACGAGGCGUUGGCGGUGGCAGAGCGGGGUCGGACACGAGCAUUUGCUGACCUGCUGGUGGAGAGGCAGACAGGCCAGCAGGACUCAGACCCCUACACCCCAGUCACAGUGGAGCACAUCCUGGACACGGUGAACAGCCAGAGGGCCCUGGUGCUCUACUUCUCCAUGGCUGCUGGGUACCUGUACAGCUGGCUGCUGGCUCCAGGAGCAGGCAUCCUGAAGUUCCAUGAGGUGUACUUGGGAGAGGGCGUGCCAGAGGGCGGGCCAGAGGGCGGGCCAGACCUCCAUGAGGGUGGGGGAGGGGGUGUGGCCAGCGGCUCAUCUUUGGAGCAGCACAUUGCCAGUGCUCGGGAGGCCCUGGGAGUAGAGUCCUACUACAGCAGGGGUUGUUCCAGCAGUGAGACAGAGAGUGAGGCAGGGGACCUGUUGGACCAGCAGUUUGAAGAGCUCAACAACAAACUCAACUCUGUGACUGACCCCACUGGCUUCCUCCGCAUGGUGUCCAGAAACAACCUCUUCAACAGGAGCUGCCAGAGUAUGACCAGCCUGUUCAGUAACACAAUGUCCCCAGCCAAAGAUGGCUGCUCCUCUCUGCCCCGCCGACCCAGCAGCCUCAGCAAACCUCCUCUCCGUGCCCUCUACGACCUGCUCAUCGCACCCAUGGAAGGGGGCCUGAUGCACUCCAGUGGUCCCGUGGGCAGACACAGACAGCUGGUGUUGGUGUUGGAGGGGGAGUUGUACCUCAUCCCCUUCGCCCUGCUGAAGGGCAGCUCCUCUAAUGAGUACCUGUAUGAACGCUUCAGCCUCAUCGCUGUGCCUUCCAUCCGGGGCAUGGGGACCAUCUCCAAGAGUCAUUCUCGGCGGGCGGGGCCGGCUUCCUGCGGGGGCGUGUCCAUGGCGGCGGUGGUGGGGAACCCUCGUCUGCCGUCGUCUGUGAUGGACCGCUGGCUGUGGGGGCCCAUGCCCUCUGCCGAGGAGGAGGCCCUCAUGGUGUCUGAGCUGCUGGGCUGCCAGCCCCUGGCUGGAUCCUCUGCCACCAAGGAGAGGGUGAUGAGUGCCCUCACCCAGGCCGAGUGUGCCCACUUCGCUACCCACAUCUCAUGGAAGCUGGCCGCCUUGGUGCUCACACCCAACCCAGAGAGUGUACCCGGCGGGGCAGGGGCGGGGACUGGAGGGAGAGGGGCAGGGGGAGGGAGGAGAGGCAGCGGAGGCAGGGGCAGGAAAKGCUCGUUUGGGAGCAGCUACACCAUCCCAGAGAGCCUGCACCUGCAGGAUGAUGGGAGCGACGCGGAGAGUAUCUGUGACAGCCCACCCCUGCAGGAGUUCCUGCUUACCGCUGCUGACAUACUGGACCUGAGGCUGCCUGUCAAACUGGUGGUGCUGGGGUCAUACCAGGAGUCCAGCAGUAAGGUGACAGCAGACGGUGUGGUAGGUCUGACCAGGGCCUUCCUUGCUGCUGGGGCCCAGUGUGUCCUGGUGUCUCUGUGGCCUGUUCCUGUGUCAGCCUCCAAAGUGUUCGUCCAUGCCUUUUACACCGCUCUGCUCAACGGGACCAAGGCCAGCGCUGCCCUCGCAGACGCCAUGAAGACUGUCCAGAGCAGCAAGCAGUACUCCCACCCCUCUAACUGGGCAGGUUACAUGCUGAUUGGUAAUGAUGUCAAGCUAAACAGCCCCUCGUCCCUGAUUGGCCAGGCUCUAGCAGAGAUCCUACAGUAUCCAGAGAGAGCACGGGAUGCUCUGCGAGUCUUACUGCACCUGGUGGAGAAGUCUCUCCAGAGGAUUCAGAACGGCCAGCGUAACUCCAUGUACACGUCCCAGCAGAGUGUGGAGAACAAGGUGGGGGGCGUCCCAGGCUGGCAUGCCCUGCUGACCGCUGUGGGCUUCCGCCUGGACUCGGCUGGCACCGGCAUCCCUGCUGCUGUUUUCUUCCCCACAGCAGACCCUGGAGACAGGCUACAGCAGUGUAGCACCACCCUGCAGUCAAUACUUGGUCUACCGCCCCCAGCUCUCCAAGCCCUGUGUAAACUCAUCACCGCCUCUGAGGCAGGCGAGCAGCUCAUCAACCGGGCUGUUAAAAAUAUGGUGGGAAUGCUCCACCAGGUGCUGGUCCAGCUGCAGACAGGGGAGAAGGAGCAGGACUUCUCUCUGCUGCCCAUCCAGGUGUCCAUCAGUGUGCAGCUCUGGAGACUGCCAGGGUGCCAUGAAUUCCUGGCUGCACUAGGGUUCGACCUGUGUGAGGUGGGGCAGGAGGAGGUGGUACUGAAGACGGGGAAGCAAGCCAACCGCCGCACCAUGCACUUUGCCCUCCAGUCCCUACUGGCACUAUUUGACUCCACAGAGCUGCCAAAGCGUCUCAGCCUGGACAGCUCGUCUUCUCUGGAGUCUCUGGCUUCGGCCCAGUUUGUCUCCAACCCCCUACCGCUGGGCUACCCCAACCCACCCUUCUCCCCACCCUGCCUGGACAAUCUGGCCUCAGAUGCCAUCUCCGUCUACAGCCUGAGCUCCGUGGCCUCCACCAUGAGCUUUGCGUCCAAGUCAGAGUGUGACUUCCUGGGCCAUCGACAGCGYGGUGGGGCCACAGCACACUUCUCUGCCCACAAACACCCACACGUUCCCCGCAGUCGCUCCUCUCCUCACGGGGCGGCUGCAGCAGCAGGAGUGGGCCGGGGAGAUGACGAGGAGUAUGAAGGCUUYUCCAUCAUCAGCAGUGAGCCUCUGGGAAGCCACUGUGACUCCCUGCCUCUACCUCCGGGUCAUGGGCAGCGCCACCUCCACCGUGGGGGCAGGGGUGUUGUCAGUAAUUCCAACUCGGGCGCUGGGCGGGGUUACCAGGUGUCUGUGUCGUCACGAGGCAGUGUCAGCACCCCCACCUCCCCUGUCAAGACCAGCCUGGUUCCCAGCUCCAACUCUCCCUUCCAGAAGGUGCCAGGCAAGGUGAGCAGCUCAGACACAGGUGAGUCGGACCAGUCCAGCACUGAGACAGACAGCACCGUCAAAUCCCAGGAAGAGAAGACUGUCCCUCUGGAUCCCCAAGAGCUGGCCCAGAAGAUCCUGGAGGAGACCCAAAGCCACCUGCGGGCAGUGGGGAGUCUACAGCGGGCUGGGGUUGAGGGGGCUGCAGCUGGAGCCACAGCACGGAGCUCUGCCUUCCGCUCCUCAGAGACCAGCGCCUUCAGCCGUCCCAGUAGCAGCGCCAGUGUCCGCGCCCAGUCCUCCCCACGACCCAAACCUCCGUCCCGCUCUUCUUCUCUGCAGAAGAUCAGCUCUGGUUACAACAGCCCUGCAGCCUCGGAGACCUCCCUAAAGGAUAGCAGUCACCCCUCCCCCACCCUGGACAGCCAUGCCCAGUUCAAGCUAAAAUACCCUAGCUCCCCCUAUAGUGGGCACAUCUCCCGCUCUCCCAGUAACGUGUCCCCCAGCUCUGGCCACCAGUCCCCAGCUGGCAGUGCCCCAUCUCCAGCUCUCUCCUACUCCUCCACGGGCUCUGCCUGCUCCAGCCCUGCCGAUGCCCCAGACCUGGACCGCCUCAGACGGGGAGUAAUUGAUGAGAAGGUUGUGGCCAUCCACAACCUGAAGACAUUCUGGGCCAAUGCAGCGGCCCAGCAACAACAGCAACAUCUGGGUCCAGUCCGUGCUCUCCGUGGCGCCCCAGGAUCCCUGGUCUCUGCCAAGAGAGAUGUGCUGAGCCUUCUGAACCUCUCCCCACGACACUGCUCCCCCAGCGACGCCCAAGACAGCCUGGAGCUGCGGGAGCUGGGGCUGCACUCGCUGGACAGGGGCAGCAAGAACCCCUCCAACGGACACAACCCCAGAAAGAUGGCCCCCUCGCCCACUAUUUCCACGAGCAGCAGCCCUGGUGCUCGCUCAAUCAGACUACCUGCUGGCAAUGGAUACAAGUUCCUCUCCCCUGGCAGGUUUUUCCCCUCCUCCAAAUGCUGAGACACUUUAAAAUGGUCCUAUUGCCUGUAUUUUGCUAUCCUGUGUACUGGGGGAGUAGGGCAUUUUCUGGAGGGCCACUAUUAGCCCAUCGAACUUGAUUGACAAUGAAAAGGAUUUGAUCAGCCAAUGAGAGUGAUCCCUCAGAGGCUCAUGAAUGCUUAGAGAGUGUCUUGUCGUUGUGCCCAUAACACUGUAAAUGGCAAUGAGAAAGACUCAAAGACCUGAUACUGUGUUUGUGUGUGUGUGUGUCAGGUAGACUUCAAUGCCAAUCGGUAUUUCCUCCCCAAAAAUUUGUAUUUGUGUGGGCCAAGAUGAAACCGCUCCAACUGGUCUCCUCCAUUCUAUUUUUGUUUAAAUCGAAUGAUUAUUGUUAUUAUUAUUUGUUAUUGUUAUUAUUAAUAUUAUUAUUAUUAUUUUGUAAAUUAAAUCCAGUGUUUCACAAUCAGUACUAAGCGUUUUUAUAUUAUUAAAAAAGUGAACAAAACUGUUCCAUGUAAAGAUGGAUAAAGUAAAAAAAAAAAAGAUGUAAUAUUUUUUAUUGAAAUGGAAACUGGCAUUUUGCCUGAUUUCUUUGUGAAUUGAGUGUCUGCUCUGAAGCAUGGAUUCUCUUACUAUUCAAUGUUAAGUACCAUGUAUGACUUUUUAGCCCAUGAUUUUUGUUUAUUAAACAUGGAAACUUCAUGACAACCAUCUCUGUCAUUUAUCAGUAUUCAAUAAAAAUCAUGUUUGCUUUCUUGUA